AUGGACGCUUUAAUUCAAGCAAAGUUAGUCAUUGUCCGAACUGUUCAAGGUGAGUCCUUUGAAGAAGAAUUGAGAACUUUGAACAAAGGCGAGGACAUAAUAAAACACAGCCCAUUGAAGAAUCUCAAUGUGUUUUUGGACAAGGAAGGUCUGCUGCGAGUAGGAGGACGUGUGACUUCUGCUGAAAUAACUCAAGAACAAAGUCAGCCUAUUGUGAUUCCGAAGAAGCAUCACAUUGCUGCCUUGCUGGUCCAGUUCUACCACGAACAGGUUGCGCAUCAAGGCAGACAUAUCACUGAAGGAGCCGUCAGGUCUGCUGGACUGUGGAUCCUUGGAGGAAAAAAGUUGGUUUCAAAUCUACUCAACAAAUGCACAACCUGCCGCAGGUUAAGAGGGAAUGUUCAACAACAAAAAAUGGCAGACCUUCCGGCUGAUCGUCUUUUCCAAUCUCCUCCUUUUACACAUGUCGGAGUAGAUGUGUUUGGACCGUGGAACAUAUGCAUCCGUCGUACAAGAGGUGGAGUGGUAGAAAAUAAACGAUGGGCAGUAAUGUUCACCUGUUUGGUCACACGAGGAGUUCACAUCGAGGUUGUGGAGUCUCUCUCUACUUCAAGUUUCAUAAACGCGCUCAGAAGGUUCCUGGCCAUAAGAGGACCCACCAAACUUUUCCGUUCAGAUUGUGGAACGAACUUUGUAGGAGCAUGCAAGGAGCUUCAGAUAAGUUCAGACCCAGAGCUUCAAUCCUACCUCAAAAAGGAGGCAUGCACUUGGAAGUUUAACCCACCUCACUCUUCUCACAUGGGAGGGGUGUGGGAAAGAAUGAUUGGUGUGGCUCGACGUAUCUUGGAUGCUAUGAUGCUGAAGGUUCAUUCUCCAAAUCUGACUCAUGAAGUACUUGUGACGCUCAUGGCAGAGGUAACAGCCAUAAUGAAUGGUCGUCCAUUAGUACCUGUGUCAUCGGAUCCUCAACAACCUGAUUUACUGACUCCGGGGGCUCUUCUCACUCAGAAAAUCUGUCCCGCUUCUAUUCCUCCUGGGGACUUCGAUCCAAAAGACUUGUACCGGAAGCAAUGGAAACAGGUGAAAAGUCUGGCUAACUCAUUCUGGAAACGAUGGCGAGAAGAGUAUCUUGCUACCCUUCAACCAAGAAGAAAAUGGCAAGCAGAUCAACCAAACUUAGCCAUUGGUGACGUUGUCCUCUUAAAGGACUCUCAGGUCAAAAGAAACGAAUGGCCUACUGGACUUAUUGUGAACACUUAUCCUGGGAGAGAUAAAAGAGUACGUAAAGUAGAUGUCCGCAUAGUUAAAGAAGGUACUCCUAAGGUGUACUCAAGACCUGUUUCGGAAAUUGUGUUAUUAGUAAAGGGUUAAUAGUGUAAUAGUAGUAUUCCAGGCGGGGAGUGUACUGCCCAUUGUGAGAAGAGGUAUUUGGGUUUUGAGUUUCUUGUGUUUUGUCCACUCAGAGUUUCCGUAGCUCAGUUGUUCUCAUAACAUUCCCCCUGCAAGUCGAUCUCCAGAGUGUUAAAGUUUCUGAACUGUCAUUUCGGUCUCUGACGAAUAUCUGUCUUUUUACAGUCCUUUCAGUAAAACACCACAAUACAGCAAGAAGCUUCUGGUACUUUAUUGGAAACUGUUAGCUAUCUGUAAA